AUGCAGCAGCAACAGCAGCAGCAGCAACAGCAGCAGCAGCAACAGCAGCAGCAACAACAGCAGCAACAGCAGCAGAAGCAGCAACAGCACCACAAAGAAACACCUACUGCAGCAGCCGACAGACCUAAAAAAGAAAAAAAGAGGAGACAGCAGCAGCAGGAGCAGCAGCAAGAGCAGGAGCAGCAGCAACAGCAGCAGCAGCAGGACGAAGUGGGUGGCGCUGCCUCUGAGAAGAAGAGCAGCAAAAAGAAAAGGAGAGAGCCUCAGCAAGACCCAGAGACUAUGCCCCCUAGCAGCAGCAGCAGCAGCAGCAGCAACCAGAAGCAGCAGCAGCAGGAGCAUGAGCACGAGCAGCAGCAGCAGGAGUCUGUGUUCAUUCGCACUGAUUUUUUAAGCAAGUUAAAAAUUCUAUCAGAGACAAAAUCAGCUCAACUUUGGGAGGAAGAUGCCCAGGAAACCUCUGCGUGGGAAUAG